AUGUUUCAUGUUGUAAAGAUGAUAUGGAAGAUGCAUAAUGAUGAAAAUGACUAUCAAGGCCAUGACCAUGACCAUCAACCCAUUUCUAAAGGUUAUGCAUGUGAUGAUGUCAUAGAUGGCGAUGAAAAAUGGGGUUAUUACCAUUGUGUUGAUGCAUCCAUGGAUGGUGAUGGCGACGACGACGACGAUGAUGACGACGAUAGUGAUUUAAAUAGAUGUAACAUAGUUACAAGGCAGAAAAAUAUAAGGCCCUUGCCACCAAAUGAAGCCCUUUUUACUGCAAUCCCUCCUCACCAAGCAAAAGGUCCUCCGUUGGAUCAAUUGACCAUGGAUUAUGUGAAACAGGGUGAUAGAGUGGCUGCCAACAGAAUAGGGUCGAAUCCACCGAGCUGUGAGCACAAGUGUUAUGGGUGCAGUCCUUGUGAUGCGACACAGGUGCCAAGCAUUAGUGGAUAUGUGGGUGUAGCCAUACAUGUACAGGACUCGAACUAUAAGCCAGAAAGCUGGAAAUGCAAGUGUGGAAGGACUUUAUAUAGCCCAUGA